AGGAAAGAAGGGAGGCUUUUCCAAAUCCUUUACAAGAAAGCUCGAGCCGUUUUCCCAUGCUGUCCGUACUCUCUUUAAUAAUGCGAUUGUGACCUGAGUGGAAUUUAUGAGCGAUGAACUAUUGAAGCUUGUUGCACCACUGCAUCAGACUACUUUUGUUUUUUUUGCUCAGCACAUGAUUCCCCCAUCCCAGCUGUUGCAGGACCUAUGGGCCGGUAAUAGAGGGAUGGGAAGCUGAGGCAGUUUAUUUUCACAUUCUUCUCUUCUGGGGACUUGGCUAGUUAGCUGAAGCCGCUGCUGCUUUUUACUGGAUCUGCUCUGUACUCGGCAGGUUUAUUUGUUUUCAUGUGCACGGGGUGUUUCAAUUAAAUAGACAUUGGACUAGAGCUGAAUGGAUGCUUUGCAAUCUGAAAAGUUUUUGGGAGUAACAAAAAACUACUAAAAGAGAAGAACUGGUACUGCAGGAAACCUGGGGCCUAUUUUCAAAGCCUUUUUAUUUUAUUGAGCAAGAUGAUGUGUGAGGUGAUGCCAACCAUCAGUGAGGCAGAGAUUCCCUCUGGGGGAAAUGGAGGCCAUGGUUCAGGUUCCCCGUUACAGUCAGAUGCUGACUCCCAUUUUGAGCAAUUAAUGGUAUCCAUGUUGGAAGAAAGGGAUCGCCUUCUGGAAACACUAAGAGAAACUCAGGAGACGCUAGCAUUGACCCAGGGCAAGCUACAUGAAGUUGGUCAUGAGAGAGAUUCCUUGCAGAGACAGCUCAAUACUGCACUUCCACAGGAAUUUGCAGCGCUUACGAAAGAGCUAAAUGUAUGCAGGGAGCAGCUGCUUGAAAGGGAAGAAGAAAUAGCUGAACUGAAAGCAGAAAGAAAUAAUACGAGGCUGUUACUGGAACAUUUGGAGUGUCUUGUCUCCAGGCAUGAGCGAUCUCUCAGAAUGACUGUUGUAAAGAGACAAGCUCAGUCUCCAGCAGGCGUUUCUAGUGAAGUAGAAGUUCUCAAAGCACUGAAAUCUUUAUUUGAACACCAUAAAGCCCUUGAUGAAAAGGUAAGGGAGAGGUUACGAGUAGCACUUGAAAGAUGUAGCUUAUUGGAAGAAGAACUAGGUACUACGCAUAAAGAG